AUGACUUCAUUUCAAUCAAAUAUAAUUGGAAAUUUCACCAUUAAAGCAACUCUUCCAGAGAGUAAUGCUUUGUGGAAUAUCUCACCCGAUCAUAAUUUAAAUGUAAAACCAUUGGUACAUGAUCUUAAAACAGAUCAUGUCACCUACACUUACAUUGAUGAUGAAAGUAGAGAGAAACUUUUGAAAAUUGCUGAAGAAUACAAUGCUACUCUAAGAAUUGAUCUUAUUCCAUUGGAAAAUAAUAAAAAAGCGAAUUUCAUUUACCAUAGAUCUGGUGACCACACUAAUCUUAAAGGUGAUAUUAAUGUUAUCCUAAUAAAUCAAAAAGAUUCAAUUGGAACCUAUUUACAAUUGUUGAUUAGUCCAUUGUAUGCUUUAGAAAGUAUCAAUAAAACAGCUGACAAUGUUAAUCUUAAAGGUGAUAUUAAUGUUAUUCUCAUCUAUCAAAAAGAUUCAAUUGGAACCUAUUUACAAUUGGUUUAUAUUCCACCAGUCAUUCAUUUAAUUCAACAAUAA